AUGUAUUUAAAAUUAUCCGAGAUAGAGAAAAUAAUUCUUUGUACUCUUGCUUGUAUCCAAAUCUCGAGCACCCAACAACCACGAUGUUCAGCUUUCGCAAUGAAGUUCUUUGGGUCACUUCAAGAAGAACGAUCAAAGCCUCUCUGGGAAGUUGAGAAGGAAUCUGUUGGUUCGGCCAUGCACUCAUGUUUUCUUAGAUGUGAGAGUGACCAGCAAUGCGUCGGGGUCGAGAUUUGCACGAUACGACCGGACUUGUCACGAUGCAGGGGAUGUUGUGAGUGGUACGUGGUUGACAAAGAUGGAGGUCUCCCCAGAAAUGCUACUGAUGGCUGCAACUAUUUUGAAAUGAGACAAGAUAGCUUGGAAUCAAGAGGGACCAAAUUUUCUGCAAAUUCAAAAUUGUCAGCUGUAGCAAGUUCAACAUUCAUGAACAGUUUGGGAGAUACAUUUCCAGUGUCUAAUGUUCUUGAUGGGAUUAACGGAAACGACUGCGAUAGAAGCAAUGUAUUCGGUUCAGGCAAAGAAGAAAAUCCAUGGUUAGAAAUAACAUGGUCCGGGGCAAUAACAAUUUGGAGAAUAAUAAUAUACAAUCGAGUUGACUGCUGUGGUGACCGUUUGGUCAAUGUUAACGUCACGUACAGUAUCAAGGGUGCCGUCGAAAUCUGCGGCUUUUAUCCGGGUCUCUUGUCACGUGAGGGUGAUGUUAUCAUGUUCUUCUGCCCACCGGAAGCUCGUGCUAGUUCAGUAAAAUUGCAAAUCCAGUCAAAGUCGGGACAAGUAGAUUAUCUUAUGUUGUGCGAGGUUGAAAUCUACCGGAAAAAAUAAAUCCAAACGAAUUGAUUUUUUCCAUUAAU